UUCCUCACAUAUUAAGUGCUGAGGAAGUUCCUAGUAAAAGAUGUAGACGCAGAAAAAAAGACCAAAAUCCAAAUGAAUCCAUAGAUGUAACAUCAUUUUUAAGUGUACUGACAAUAAAAUGAAAAGAGGCCCGAAUUUAUCGAAGGAAAAAGAGAAAAAAAUUUGCAUUGAAUCUGUAGACAAUGAAAAAAAGGAACCCGGCGAAACAAAUGAAGUGGAUGCAUUUUGCAAGAGAUUAUCUUCGAAAACACGAUCCAAAGUUGAGAUUGAUAUAUAUUCAAUAUGAGGCCGUAUUUGGAGAUAAAGUUUAAUAAGACGGUGAAUCAUCAGCGCACGGUGUGUACUCUAGGGUGUGAGCGCGACAUCGAACUCAUUAUCAGAAGUGAACAAGUCCGUGGAGGAUCUUUAGAAAUGAAAAAAAGUCUCAUCAUCAACAGAAGUUUAUAAUUCAUUUCACCUCGCAUGAAAUUUUGGAUUUAGUGUGACAUUUUUUGAGAAAUCGGAAAAAGAAGAAAGGAUUUUCAUAUUCUCAUUAAAAUGUGGAAUUUUAUUUUGGUAACUCUUGUUUGGGGAUCUUUGGUGUCAGCGCGAACUGAAUAUCGGAUUUGUCAACCACCGUCUAUUAGUCCAGUGUUGUGCGAAAAUUUGAAACGAGGAGACAGUGAAGUAAAAUGUGUAAGUGUCUCGGAUGGCGUUGAUUGUACAAUGAAAUUAAUGAACAACGAAGUCGAUUUUGGCGUUUUUACUGGCGAUGAAUUAUUCCUGGCUCAUGAAUUUUAUCCAAAAGGAAUUAGUAUUCUCUAUGAACUACGACAUCAUCAAAAAAAAGAUGAUCCGUUUCAAACUCAAAUGGUUGCUUUGGUGGGAAUAUAUAAUGCGGAAAGUAAUUUCCAAUCAAUGAUGGGUAGUGGUUUAUGUCACCCUGGAUUUUCUGAGUCACAAGCGUUAAAUGAAAAAGUUUUAAAACAUUUUGAGAGACAGAUUUAUAAAAAAGAUUGUAAUCAGGAUUUACCCGAUUAUGAAAAUGAGCUUAUUAAUUUUAAAAACUUUUUUGGAGACAGUUGUCGGCCAGGACUUUGGGUCUCUAACAAAACUCUUGAUAAUGAAUUAAAAAGACGUUAUCCACAAUUAUGCGCCAAAUGUGAUGAUGUACCAAACUGUACAUAUAAUGAUAUGUACGAAUAUGGACAUUUUGGUGCGUUGAAUUGUUUGAAAGAUCGAAAAGCACAGAUCGCUUAUGUAGCACUCAACCACGUUCGAGAAUUUUCCGAUAGAUUUGUAUCGAAAGUACCAAUGUUUCAAAUGUUGUGCCCUAAUGAAACCAUGAUGCCUCUAAAUAUACAAAAUCCAUGUACUUGGAUCACACGAUCUUGGGACGUUAUCGUAACAAGGGAAGAUCUCAGAUUCGAAUUGCCAAAUAAAUUGGGAGAAUGGUUGAAAUCUUCGACAAGUGAUUGGACUGAAGCAUUGAGGAAAAUUAUAUUAGGAAAUGAAAAGCAUUAUGUUUUAUAUCCAAAACCAAUAACAAUUGAUUCGUAUUUUGAAAACAAUGGGGGACCAUUGGAACGUCCAAAGAAUCCCGUAUGCGGUAAAGAAAUAAAAUGGUGCACGACAAGUGAAUUGGAGAAUACAAAGUGUCAAUGGGUUGCUAAAGAAAGCGAAGCUCUUGGAAUAACUCCGAAAAUUGUUUGCGUAAAGGAAAUUUCUACCUUCGAAUGCUUACGGAGUAUCAAUCAAAAGAGGAGCGAUCUCACAUCAAUUGAUUCAAAUUACGGUUAUGUCGCUAGAAAAUUAUUCGGUCUUUCAACUGUACUUUACGCUGACAAUGACAACGAAAAGAGCAAUGUUGUAUUGGCAAUGAUUAAAGAUUCAUCAUCACCGAAUUUUCAAAAUCUCCACGAUCUUAAAGGGAAAAAAGCCUGUUUUCCGGAGUACGGCGGAAUUUCUUGGAUGACAUUCCUCAAUAUUACGCGUGCCAAUAAGGUUCACGAAGAUAAUGAAACUUGUGAUUUUAAAAAAAUUGCUUCAGACAUUUUCAGCAAAGCUUGCGUACCCGGAGUUCGUGAUAUUGAUCAUUCAACAUUGCAAAAGAAAACAAGCGCCGACGUUGGCGCAUUAUGCGCUCUAUGCCCGGAAAAUAAUUGCCAGGCAAACGAUGAAAAUCCAUUUUUCCGCGAUAAUGGAGCAUUUCGAUGUCUCGAGCAUGGAGUUGCUGAUAUUGCUUUUGUUAAGCCAAAAAAUUUGAAUGAUUCUACUGCAUUUUUAAAUCAACAUGAAUAUCGAAUUUUGUGUAAAAAUGGAUCUCUUGCAAUUCAUACUGGAUUUGAUGUCGAUACAAAUUGUGCGUGGUCUGUCACUAUCGACAGUGAGAUAGUGUCAAGAAAGGAUAUUUCGAAAACUGAACGCUCAAAUAUGGCAACAGUUCUCUUGAAAUUAAACACCUGGCUGAGUUCGAAUGUGCACACUCCAAUGUAUAUUUACAAGAGUUUUAAUGGAACGAAAGAUUUACUUUUCAAAGAUUCAACUGUUGGUUUUGAAUCUUCAAUUUCUGAGGUACAAUCAGUGAAGGCUUAUAAAAGUUUGAUGACUGACGCCGAAAAAUGUUCUGGAGCAUCAUCAUUAAGUUUUAUUAGUUUAUUAAUUUUAUUAGUGUCAUUAAUUUCUAAUCGAAUUUUAUAAAAGAAAAAGAAGAAAAAAGUAUAAAGUAUUUUUGAGAUUAGUGCGUAUUUGUCUAUUCAUAAUUAGUGUAUUUUUACUGUAUUAAAUGUUUUAUAAAAAUAAAUUUUCUAAAAAAAAUUA